GAUUCAGUUAUUCAUAUAUACACAUCCAUUUUUUUCAUAUUCUUUUCCUGUAUAGAUUAUCACAGAAUAUUGGGCAGAGUUUCCUGUGCUAUACAGCAAUUUCUUGUUGGUCAGUCAUUCCAUAUAUAGCACAGUGAGCAUAUACCAGUCUCAAACCCCUAGUCCAUCCCUCCCCCAACCUGUCCCCUUUGGUAACCAUAAAUUGCUAAUGAUGACUUUUUUAAAAGUUAAAUGGUUGAGAAAAAUCGAAAGAAAAAUACUUUAUAAUAGAUGAAAAUGAUAAAAAAUCCAAUUUCACAGUCUAUAAAUAAAGUUUUAUUGAAACACAGCUACAUAUACUCACUUGUUUAUGUAUUGUUUAUGCACAAAAAAGCCAGAAUUGAGUAGUUGUUACAUAGGCUGGAUGGUCCCACAGAAUCUAAAAUAUGUAGUAUUUGGAUCUUUAUAGCCAGAGUGCCAGGCCCUGUUAUAAAACAUCAAGAUUAGCUUAUGUGUUGGAGUACUAUGGCAAUUUAUGGAUUUUUUGCUUACUAAAAUCUCUAGCUGAUUACUACCACAUUUAUUGAAAGAUUCUCCACUGUUUUUUGCCUCUAGGACAACCCACAAUAGUUCAUUCAUGACUGCUUUUCAUGACUUCCUUUGCUUAUUUUCCAGUGGUUCCUUUUGCCAGAUAGAUGAACAGACCAAAACCACACAGGAAGGUCUGUGGCUUUUCUAAAGAAGCUUUCUACAGAUGAAUGUGUUUGGCUUGGGUACCUCUCUAGUUGUUGUAGAAACCUGGAUUUUGCUUUGGUCUUUACACUAGAGCUUUGAUUCAGAUACAUAUAAUAUGAUCCUCACUUUCCAAGUUAAAAUGAACAAACACAAUUAUUGUUAGAUCCAUGCUUGUGUGAGGAAAAUCUUAAUCUUUCAUAUUUUUGCCAGGCAUUUUAAUAAUGCUAGUUAUGUUUCUCAUGACUUUUAAUUUUAUAUCAAAGUUAGCUGAUGUAUAUUCUUUAUUGGUUAGCCUUAAAUAUUUAAACCAAUGUCUCUUUUUACAUUAAUCUUUUUGAUAGAAUAAACACAUCAGUGCUGUUCUAUCUCUUAUAAAAGUUAUUUCCCCCAUCUUUGCAGCUGUGGUUACUUGAUGUCAGUUCACUUGGGGCUUGUAUAAGAAGGGGGUGGCCCUACUACUUUGUAAGAAGUCCUAGCCUUGCAGCCACUGAGAGCUUUGGGUCCUGCCGCCAUUGCCACCAUUCUUUUCAAGCAUAGCAAACAGGUGUUUUCUAUCUAGAAAUCAGCUUUCUCUGAGAGUUUGGAUUUAAGUAAAGCAGAUCUUCUAUCCUGUUUCACCUUGCCUUUGGUCAUGGUUGAGCUUUUGUGCAUGGUGAGGAUGAUUUUUAACUUUGCCUUGGAAAAUGUAUAGCAUGGUUCUGGGUCAUGGUAUUGAGCUGAACAGUUGCCUUCUUAUAUCAUAGACCUGUUUUGUUACCUUGAUGCUUCUCUGUUAGCUUACUUAAAAGUUUUGGGCUCAUGCUGUUAGAGACUUCUUUGGGCAGAGAACCCUUUUUGCAGUGGAGUGGUCUCACAUAAUGGAAUAGGUCAUAGGGUAAUUGUGCAGUUCUGUAAGCAAAGCCAAUGAAGGUGGAAGGAAUGUGAAAAAGAAAUAGGCAGAGGCAGGCUGGAGUAGGUGGUAAGAAGCAUGGGAGAGCAGCAACUUGACUUCUUUAGUAAGACUGAGAGUAAAGGGAAGUUAUUCUGACUGAGAGUAAACUGACUCAUUAAGACAUUUGGACUUAACUGACUUGUUGGUGAGGAAGGUGAGAAUAGAAACUGGAGGGAAAACUCCAUAUUAUCAUUUCUGAAAUAACAGGAUGAGGUUUUUUUUUUGUUUUUUGUUUUUUGCCAUUUCUUGGGCCACUCCCACGGCAUAUGGAGGCUCCCAGGUUAGGGGUCCAAUUGGAGCUGUAGCUGUCAGCCUACGCCAGAGCCACAGCAACUUGGGAUCCGAGCCGCGUCUGCGACCUACACCACAGCUCACGGCAACGCCAGAUCGUUAACCUACUGAGCAAGGGCAGGGAUUGAACCCACAGCAUCAUGGUUCCUAGUCGGACUCAUUAACCACUGCGCCACGACGGGAACUCAAGGAUGAGCUUUUUUUUUUUUUUUUUUUUGUCUUUUGUCUUUUUUUGUUGUUGUUGUUGCUAUUUCUUGGGCCGCUCCCGCGGCAUAUGGAGGUUCCCUGGCUAGGGGUUGAAUCGGAGCUGUAGCCACCGGCCUACGCCAGAGCCACAGCAACGCGGGAUCCGAGCCGCGUCUGCAACCUACACCACAGCUCACGGCAACGCCGGAUCGUUAACCCACUGAGCAAGGGCAGGGAUCGAACCCGCAACCUCAUGGUUCCUAGUCGGAUUCGUUAACCACUGCGCCACGACGGGAACUCAAGGAUGAGCUUUUAUAAUCUAACCCUGGGUCAGGGUUUUAAAAUGUUCAAUAACUGGGUUAUUGUAUGGGUCGGAAAUACGUAUUAUGGUAAAUGGUUUCAGGUUUAAGAGGAAAGGGUGAAAUGGGAGCUAAGUUCGUUCUCCUUCUCUGAGGAGGGUGAAGGGCUGUGGACACACCCAGCAGGAACUACUCUAGGUAGCAUAGCCAUGACAGGGAAAGAGAAGAGAUCUAUCUCAGUCCCUGAGCUGUCAUCUGCAGAAAACUUGGCACUCCCGGUCCAGGCUAUCUCAAUCAUGUUUUGAAAGGAGGGGUCACCUUCAGAAGCUUUAUAGCUGGCACUCAGGCCUUGUUGACCUAAGAGGUGGAACCCACCAGGCCAUGAAGCAUCCAGUAGGAAGGGCCUCCAACAGUUAUUUCUCUUGUGUUUUAUGAGUGUUUGUCUGUUCACCCCUAGGCUGAGUUAAUGGGGCCUAUCUCGAGAGGAACAGUGCUUGAGCAGUUGGAGGAAUCAGCCAUUCAAUGUAAAUGCACUGGAUUUGGACAAUACAUGCUGACUCCCUGGUUUCCCACCCUUGAGGUGGGACUGUUCCCAAAGCCCUAGGAUGAAAGAGGGGAUGGUGUGGGCUAGAGAAACAAGAAGAGCUACCUUCUGGGAGUUACAUGAGUUUUCUCAGGCAGCUGUAACUGGUUUAAAGUAGGAUCCUAGAUCCUUAGAGUUGGACUGGAUUUUGGGAAUCAUCCAAUUCAUCCUCCUCAUUUUGCUGGUCCAGGACUUAUCCCAGACUAGAAAGGUAAUGAGCGGCAGUGUUGAGGCUAGACCCCAGAUCUGUUGAUUCAAUAACUAUGCCUCUUCUGGCUUGGACUGUGAAGGGGUAAAUUGUAACAUGGAUCUGGGAUGGGAUUUGGGGGUGCAUUGUGGCCUCCUCAUAAGUCAGUAAGUUGCACUUAGGACAGUAGUCCCUUGGCCAUAGGCUAGAACAGGUGACCUACAAAGAACCUCUGACUCUGUGACUUGCAACUGUGUGUUGAAGAGGACUGUGAUGUGAUUAUUUCUUUGUCUGAGGGGUGCACCUGGGUAUACUAGUGAGUCUUCUUUGCUGAGGGUAGAUGGGGCUAGAGAAGAUUUUUGGGGAGGAAGGCAGCGGGAUCUAGUUGAAGAUGUAUUCAUCCUGAAGCUGCAGUCAGAAGAACCUGCUCAGACUCUUUUAGAGGCCAGACAAGUAGUUAUCUACUGUGGCAUUUGGAAACUGGAAAGUAGAGAUGGAGGGCCUCAGUGGUUGCUGGGAGGGUGGGGGUAGUACAUAGUACAGGUCCUUUUAUGGUUAUAGCAUUCUGCACUUGAGUACUUAUUUCUGCUUAACUGACUAGUGCAACUCUCAUUUUAAGCUAGCACAAUAACUCUACACACUAUCCCUUUCAUUUAUUUAUCUUUUUAAUUUUUCCAUAUGUUGGGUUUGAACAUACACUAUAAAAAGAAUUUUUUUAAACUCUGACUGAAAUAUUUGGCAAACUGCAGGGUUGGUUUUAUUGGAAAAAAUGAACCCAGUUUUUGGAAAUGAUUUUUCUUGUUCUACUUGCAUUUGCUCUAUGGAGGUGGUUUGUGUAGUGGUUAAUAAGCAUAAGGACUCUGAGUGAAGUUACUUGGGUUGAAUCCUGGCUCUUUUAUGUAUAGUGUGUGAUUUUAUUUAAAUUAUUACCCUCCAUGCCUCAGUUUAAAAUAAGGAUAAUAACUCACAGAGUUGUUGUGAGGGUUAAAUAAGUUAAUACAUGAGUUAGAACAAUGCCCAGUCUACAUUAACUGAUGUUUACAAAUUAGCUGUUAUCACGUCCCAAGCGGUUGAUCUAAGCCAUUUAUCAUACAACUUAUAAGGUAGUUGAGGCUCAGAUGGUUUUAAAAACUUAAGAUCAUCCAGCUAAGAAGUGGCUAAGGUAUGUCUUAAACCUGCUUUAUCUGAUGCAAGGCCUAACUCUCAACCACUCUUUCUGAGGUGUGCUAGAUCAGCUAACUAUAGAUUGUAGGUUUUAUAGCUAUCUACCCAUCUACCCAACUAUACAUAUAUCUUCUAUUUACAAAUUUGGAUUUUUCUUUAUGUUCUCAUUUUACUAAUAAAUACAUUUCCUUAAAAAUAUCUGUGACUUAAGAAUUAUAAAAUAUACAAGAUAAAAAUUUUUUAAAUUGCUCUUAAAAUAAUGUUACUCAAAUAUUAGAUAAGAACUGUAAAAAUCCAUGGUAACAGUUAUAAAUUGUGAAAGGCUAAAAUGUCAUUUCAUGUGACAUCUGAUAAUGGCUAUCUGGGUUUCCACACACUGGUAAGUUGUGUGGAAAUUAAGACAGUUAUUAUUAAGCACUUUAAGCCUAUCAUUUUAAAACAAUCAUGGCAUUAAUGUUUUAACCAUUUGCACAUUUUAAUUACCAGGAAGAAACUAUAUCACAUUUUUAUAGCUGAUAGAAAGCUCCCCAGUCCCUACCCUAGAUUGAAAUAAAGAGAAUUAAGGCCUGAGAAGUCAGACAGGGCUGCUUAGCAACAGUGACAGGUGAGGUUGAUGAGAAUUAACAGCUUUUGACUGUUAGCAGAAUGGUGGUGUAAUGAGAUCGGCUUAUGGUAAUAAAGCAUUGACUAGCUGGCUGAAUGAAAUGAUGCUUUCUCAUUUAUUUCAUAAAAUUAUUAAUGUAAUAUUUAGCUCAGAAUGUUUAGAUUUCUGUAAUAUUCAUACUUUUGAUAUUUUAUUAAAAUAUAAAUAUUUUAAAUAUUCUAUAAAAUUUUAUUUUAUAGACUCAUAUUGUGUAUUGUCAGCUUUGUAAUUAUCUUAUGGAGAAACUUAUUCACUGGAAAGGAAAGUAGCAGAAUAAAAGCAAAACAAAACAUCCCACUACUCUAGUAAAACCACUCGAAACAACCAAUUUCUUAUCUUUCUCAAAAUAGCUGCAAUUUAGGGAAAUAUUAAUCUGUCUCUAAAUUGAAAAUUGUCCAACCAUCCAGGUUACUCAGAAAAAAAAAAGCUGUUUAAAAAUUUUAAUAAAUUUUAAUGGCAAUUAAGCCAUUUCUAUCUUGUCUCUGGCAAGGUGUAAAGAAUUGUUGUAUGAAGCAGCCAUUAUUAGGGUUUCUUUAAAGUUUUAGCCAGGGCAGAGUGAAGAUCAAAACAAUUGGCAGUGAAGGAAAAGAUGGCUCAGGGCAUGUGGCAAUAUGACAUUAAAGAUUACAUCAGAUACAGUCUGUCUUCGGAAUGACCAUAUGUCCUUUCCAUCUGAUGUCUGUUUCAGGACUCAAAGAAAUGAAUUAAAGGUUUUGGAUAUGCUUUAAAAGAGUGUUCCUUCAUCACCUGUAUUAGGUUUGUUUACAAAUCAGAUAUGUUUCAAAUGGAUCAAAUGUGCAUAAUAACAAAAUUGUAUUUUUCCUAAAAAUUUGGACGUUGAUUCCUUUUAGGUUCUGUGGGUUUGUAACAUUGAGUCCUAGGAUGAAGUAUAGAUAUUUUGUGUUCUUUUCACUUAGAGAAAGAAGAGAAUUUUUUCCCCUGGUUUUAAGCUAAAUACAGGAAUGAAAUGGAAAGAAAUAAUAGAAGAAAGACUUUUGUAGGGAUGACUUUUAAAGAAAAGGCAAGAAUUCCCUUGUAAUUAAGGAUCUGGUGUUGUUACUGUAGCAGCCUGAGUCGCUUCUUCUGUGGUACAGGUUUUAUCCCUGUCCUAGGAACUUCCAUGUGCCACAGGGAAGGCCAAAAAAAAAAAAAAAAAACCAAAAACCAAAAACAGGCAAAGGAGACCAUGGCCGUUGCAACUUGAAUCGAGAUAAGCAGAAGUAUGUGUGUGCUCCACGUCACAUGGCAGGAGGCUUCCCCCAGAGCAGUCUGCCUGUCCAGGGAGCUGUUUCAUUUUGUGUCUGAUAGAGUUUUACUUUGGAAAAUCCCCAGUUCCCUGCCUAUUGCUUCAUUAUGGAUUAUACAGCAUGUUUUAUAUGUGCUAAAUUUUCUAGGAUACAAAAAAAAAAUCUGUGAAAUCUCAUCAAAAGAUGUUAUCCUACAAAUUUAUCUAAGCAUGUUUUUGAACACACUGACACCGAAGUUCUACGUGGCCCUGACAGGCACUUCCUCACUAAUAUCAGGGCUUAUUUUGAUAUUUGAAUGGUGGUAUUUUCGCAAGUAUGGGACAUCAUUCAUUGAACAAGUCUCAGUGAGCCACUUGCGCCCCCUUCUGGGAGGGGUUGACAACAACUCCUCCAACAAUUCUAACUCCAGUAAUGGGGACUCAGAUUCCAACAGGCAAAGUGUCUCAGAAUGUAAAGUGUGGCGAAAUCCACUAAAUUUAUUUAGGGGCGCUGAAUAUAAUCGGUAUACAUGGGUGACAGGACGGGAGCCUCUGACUUACUAUGACAUGAAUCUCUCUGCCCAGGACCACCAGACAUUCUUCACUUGUGACUCAGACCAUCUGCGUCCCGCAGAUGCAAUAAUGCAGAAAGCCUGGAGAGAGAGAAACCCCCAAGCUAGGAUUUCUGCAGCUCAUGAAGCCUUAGAGAUAAAUGAAAUUAGGUCCAGAGUUGAAGUUCCCCUAAUUGCUUCCUCUACCAUCUGGGAGAUAAAAUUAUUACCAAAGUGUGCAACUGCUUAUAUUCUCUUGGCGGAAGAGGAAGCAACAACAAUUGCUGAAGCAGAAAAGCUGUUUAAGCAGGCUCUGAAAGCUGGAGAUGGCUGUUACCGGCGUUCUCAGCAGCUACAGCAUCAUGGAUCCCAGUAUGAAGCCCAACAUAGACGAGACACCAACGUCUUGGUCUACAUCAAAAGAAGGCUAGCAAUGUGUGCCAGAAGACUUGGGAGGACCAGGGAAGCAGUGAAAAUGAUGAGAGAUUUAAUGAAGGAGUUCCCCCUCCUGAGCAUGUUCAACAUCCAUGAAAACCUUUUAGAAGCCCUCCUGGAACUACAAGCAUAUGCUGAUGUUCAGGCAGUCUUAGCAAAGUAUGAUGAUAUAAGCUUACCAAAGUCAGCAACAAUAUGCUACACAGCUGCCUUGCUCAAAGCAAGAGCUGUCUCUGACAAAUUCUCUCCUGAGGCUGCAUCUCGGCGGGGGCUGAGCACAGCAGAGAUGAAUGCAGUAGAGGCCAUUCAUAGAGCUGUGGAAUUCAAUCCGCAUGUGCCAAAAUAUUUACUAGAAAUGAAAAGCUUGAUCCUGCCCCCAGAACACAUCCUGAAGAGAGGGGACAGUGAAGCAAUCGCAUAUGCGUUCUUUCAUCUGGCACACUGGAAGAGGGUAGAAGGGGCUUUGAAUCUUCUGCACUGUACAUGGGAAGGCACUUUUCGGAUGAUCCCAUAUCCCUUGGAAAAGGGGCAUCUGUUUUAUCCUUACCCCAUCUGUACAGAGACGGCAGACCGUGAGCUGCUCCCGUCUUUCCAUGAAGUCUCAGUUUACCCAAAAAAGGAGCUUCCCUUCUUUAUUCUCUUUACUGCCGGAUUGUGUUCCUUCACAGCCAUGCUGGCCCUCCUGACGCAUCAGUUCCCAGAACUUAUGGGAGUCUUUGCAAAGGCUAUGAUUGACAUUUUCUGCUCGGCAGAGUUCAGGGACUGGAAUUGCAAGAGUAUUUUCAUGCGUGUUGAAGAUGAACUGGAAAUUCCACCGGCACCUCAAUCUCAACAUUUCCAAAACUGAACUCAUCAUGCUCCCCCCACACACACCAAAACUGCUCCUCCUACUGUAUUCCUGAUCUCCACCAGUGGCACUGACAUCCACACAGUUACUCAAGCCAGAAACUCUGCAGCCCUCCCAGACUCUUCGCUCUCUCACUCCUUACAUCCCAUCUGCCUCGGCUUCCACAGUCUGUGGAUCUAACCUUCUGAGCCACAAGGCAUUCAGUACAUGUAAUUCACCACUUCUUCCCCCAUGGCUCUCUCUUUUAGUUUAGAUCUUUGUGAUUUCUUGCCUGGACACCUGCAAAGAGUCUCAACUGGUCUCCUUUCUUCCAGUCUUAUCCUCUGCCAGUAUUGUAUUAAAACUGACACAAGAAUGAUCUUUCUAAAUUGCAGGUCUGAGCAUGUCACUUCUCUGCUUGAAUUUCUCCAGUAGUUUCCCACCUACUUCCGGUUAAAGUCCCUGUGUGGGAUAUGAGGUCCUUGACGCUCUGGCCCUUGCUUGCCUCUUCAGCCUCAUCUCUCUCCCAUCUCUUGCACAGACACUGCUCUUGGGCCCCAGUGAGUUACUCACGGUUCCCAGCUGCACCAGGCUCUUGUAUACCUCGGUGCCUUUGCACAUGCUGUUUGCUCUGCAUGGAGUGCCCUUCCCUGUUACCAUCAGCACUUGUCCAGGCUACUAAUGUCUCUUCACUCUUUUACACGCACUUCCUUUCUGAGUUUCUCCUGAGCUGAGUUAGAUGUCUCUCCUCUCUGAUCCACAGUAUUCCAUGCAUACCUAUAUUAUCACAUUGAUUGUACUAUAUUAUAAUUGUUAAAAACUUGUCUGAUUCCCUUUUAGAAUGUGAGCUCCUUGUGAGCAGGAGUGUAUCUUCCUCAUCUCUGUAUCCCCAAAGCUUUGCACAGUGUCUUGCACAUAGUAGGUUUUCAAUAAACGAUUAUCAAAUAAAUAAAUGGUAGUGGUUUCUGCAGAAAGAAUCAAUGUAAAAAUCAGAUACAGCUUAGCAUUUCUACCCUUCUUUUACAAUUAUAAUCAUAGAUAUUUAGACUUGAAAGGGACCUUAAACAAAUUGCCUUCAGCAAUAAUUUGAUGGAGGUUGUCUAGACUCAUCCUAAAUACUUUUAGUAAUGGGCCUUACCUAUUCAAUAUAGAAGCCCAUUUCAUUAUUGGAUCACUCAGAACGCUUCUUUAUACUAAUAAAAUCUAUCUUCCUUUAAUUUCCACUUAGGUUCCUAUUCUACUCUUCAAAACUAUGAACAACUCUGCUUCCUCUUGCAAAUUCUUGAGGCAGCUAAUACAUUCAUGGCCACCUCUCAUCUCUAACUUACUACCUUCUCUUUUCUCUAGGCAGAAUAUAAAUUUCCUUAAAUCUUCUGAACAUGAUAUGAUUUCUGAACCCAGUGCACCUAAGCUGCCUCCAUGGAUCUUCCCUAGCUUAUGGGCCUAUGCUAUUCAUUAUUUACUUCUAUUCUCAAGCCAACCUCUGAGUAAAAGUAGCUGCCGAAACUAUAAGUAGAUUAGAGAGUAAUAGAGUAAAAUUUAAAAUAAAAAUUUACUUGCAGCAUUAGAUAGUGCCAUUAGCCCAGCAUUCUUCACUGAGCUAACAAACAGCUCUUCGUGGGAAUUUGGGAUCAGGACAGUAAUUCUCAGCUUCUAGUGUGCACAGACUUCACCUGGCCCCAUCACUGCAAGAUCAGAGUCUUGAGUGUUAGCCCCCAGGAAUCUGUGCUGUAACAAGGACCUAUCCCCACAACUCCCCCCCCAUUCUCAAGAUGGUUGUUGAGGACCUCAUUUCCUUUCAACACUGAUCUCAAGAAAGCCAGUCUUUGAGCAGCCAUUUGUAGGUGUGUGCUGUGUGGUGGCGCGUCAGAGCCAUUGAGGGGACAGGUUUCUAGGAACCAGUGGUUUCACCCUGGCUGUACCUUGAAGUCAUCUAGGAAGCUUAAAAAUUGCUGACGCCUGCCCCUCCCAACGCAGGGGACUCUCACUUCAUUGGUCUGGGGUGCAGCCUGGGCAUGGAGUUUUCAUAUUCCCCCUGGGUGACUUGGGUGUCCAGCCAGGAUGAGAGCCACUGUGUUGAAGGAAGUGACUGCCUGCAACUGCGUUAAGUAGGGAGAGGAUGGAGGGACAGAGGGUAGUUCCUAGAAUAUGACUGGGUGUUCUCCACCUAAGUUUGUGUAGCCUCCAGAACAUGGCAAGAAGAUGUGUUCAUUAUGGACGGUGGACCAAGGGCCACUUUCCUCAUUGAACGCUUCCAAAGCUUUGGCUUUGAGUUAAGGACCAAAUGAUUAAAUAAAAUGUAAAUUUGCCUGUAUGUCCUCAUAUUUUAUAUUCUGCCAAGGUGUGGUAGUUUGGUCAGCUACUCAUAGUUCUCAAGUGUAGUUUAGAUAAAUAUGCUUUUAAACCCUGUCUGGAGGAUCGCAUUUGUCUUGCCCUUCAUUAAGGUUUAGCAGUUUCCAAAAUGUCUGGAGAGAUUUUGUGGGGAAGGAAGAUGGAUGGCCUGAAGGAGACAAGCCCCCUUCCCCCACCCCGCCCCCAGAGUCUUCUCCACAUUUUCACUCUUGUCACUUCAUCAGGCCCCUCCUGAAGCUCCCUCCGCAGGUUAUCACAGCCGCCCUAUAGGCUGCCUGCAACCAUUUGCAGCUUGUGAAAAUGAUUUUCUCAGCCCUCGCCUGAGAUAAUGUCCCUGGGAUAAUGACUCUCAGUAGAUGGAGAGAGAUUGCACUGCCAUCCCCCAGGCUGUGUGCAGCUUGGGAACUCUUCAGUGUGUUUACAUGUUGAUACACAGCCAGUAAGGAAGCCCACAGCCAAGUGUGAGCCACUGGAAAAUAGUAAAAUAAGAGGCUUCAACUGGCUCUCCCCGCCUAAUCUAAUCUACCUCAAUGACUUAGGACUAACUCUUCCUAGAAUGUUUGGUUACCAAGAUAAGGUUGCUCAUAUAAAUAAGCGAUGGUUCCAAAGCCAGCCCUGAGGAGAAUGUGGGAAGGUCAGCAUUCUGACCCCUUCUGUUUGAAGGGCCCUGUCUGUACUCCCCUGGUCGCUCUCUUUCCCUGAGACCCAGCCCCCUGACUUCUGACUCUCAUCUUCACUUAUAGGCCCUAACCUCUUUGAAGUCUGAUAUUGAUUACAGUGAAAUGUCAAUUGUCUGAUUGCAAUAGGGCACCUGGAACUUAUUCAGAUAAGCAGAGGCGUUUCAAAUGUUAACGAAUCAUGUUGGGAGCCAUGACCUUCUUCUAAAUAAUGGUGUCUCAGGAAAAGGAGGAUCAGGCGAUUGAAGUGUCACUCUCUCUUUUUUAUUAGUUCAGUUGCUUUUUCUCACCACAGGACACUGAUUGAAUUAUGGUGCGUUUUGGACUGUGUAUCUCUGCCCUCGGGACAGAAGUUUUGGACAUUGAGAUAGAUGAGCUGUUCCAGGGUUGCCUGGUGUUGCUCAUUCAGACUUUACAGGCAAUAAAAUUUCCCAAGUCCCUAAGUGAAACUGCUGUUUCUCUAUGUGCAUUGGUUGAGUCUUUGGUCAAAAUGUGUUGACCAAUUUUCAAACAUGUAAAGAAAUAUAAAUGAGCAUCCUAAGUAAGUAAGGCAUGUUCCGCCAAGCUUUCUUCCCAAUACCUCUUAACGAAAGCCACUGACCUGUCUGGUUACUAAAUGAAAAGGGCUUAGUGGUUUCAGAUGCCUCAUUGCUGCUUCUUGCUUGUGGGUGAGGGAUGGCAGGAGGAUGCAGGGAGAGCUGCGAAGGAGGAAGGUAGUCUGGUAAAAAGGGCGCACAUCUCCAGAGAAUUCGGUCUAUAGAGAAAGAUUCAAGGGAUUCUUUCCUCAGUUCCUCCAAGAUGGAACAUCCCAGAUAUGAGGGAGAGCAGUAAAUGAUUCCAUGCUUUGGAGGCAUUAGGACUUAAUUCUCUUGUGGAACCUGACUGAAGAUGCAGGGAGGCAGAGCCCACUGCAUCUCGCUGCACAGUACGGGGAGAAGGGCAUUUAUGGGCCUCAAACUAGGCGGGGCUCACCCGUUAACGUCCAGAGGCCUCCUUUCUAUGCUUUUUAUCCAAGUCAGGUCAGUGCGCAAAACAAAGCAAACACACAGGCCUUGAUUUUGAACUAGCUUUGUAAUAACCUCUGCUCCCCAAGCUGAGGCUUCCUGGUGCCCCUGCCAUUUAGUGCAUGACAUCCCCCAGCGCAGACUUUGAGGGAUGCCUUUCAUGUAACUGCACUGGCCCAGGCUAAUGUCUGCCACAAUGACAACUUUGGUGGCUAUAGAUCUGGUUUUGUUCAGGUCUUCAGGAUACAAUAACUUCACCAGAAAAAUCACCUUCAUCAUUGGACUCCAUCUUCCAACCCUUAGCAGGAUCCCUGGUUAACCCAGACCACAUUAGCACCUAGCUCCUCUUUAUGGAACUGAGUAUUAUAGCCCAGUGCUCUAUGUCAUGGAGCCUUGACUGUCUCUGAUUACAAACAAAUGAGCAAAUGUUAUGUAUAAAUAUUUUUAAUUCUGCAGUGUCAUUGGGUCUGUCUCUGCAAUCAGUUGACUUGUUUUGUAUCAUCCUCUCAGAACUAGGAUUUCACAAACUCUUUCAGAAGCAUCUUAGGCAGCAUCACUCAUUCCUGUGCCUAGAAUCUCCCACAGGUCCUUCCUCUGCGUUUAGCUCUAACUGAAAAGGCAGGCAGUCUAUUCUGUAGGGUGAGCAUCCUAUGUGGUACCAUGUAACCAACAAAGGAUAAUUUCAGAAGGUUGCUAGAACUUGCCCUGUCUCUAACACCCACUUGAGGAAAGAGCCACCCUACUUUCACUCAAGUACUAACACGACCUCAUUUUUUUUUACUGCAAGUCCAGCCUGGCGUCAAGGCCUUCUAGUCACUUUUGAACUCUGCCUCUCUCUCUCCAGCUAAGCUGAACUGUUUACUAAAUUCUGGUCAUACCAGCUACUUUCCCACUUCUGUUCCAGCUUUUCAUUGAGCCUGGAGGGCCCACCGGCUCAUGUUGCUUUCCUACCAUCCUCACCCCAUCUCUGCCUUUUCAUAUCCCAGCCCUCCCCUGGGGUCGAUUGCAGUUGCCUCGUUUUCAGUUUCUCCUCUUCUUUUCCACAGAAUGGCUUCUCUCCAUUUUCUGAACCUCACUGCUGCUCUGUUCAUGCUUCUAUCUUCUGCUCUGUCAUGGUCUCUCUGUUGUUAUUACUUUGCUGCGUUCAGGGCCGCGCGACUCCCUUCCCCACCCCCUCAGCUCUGAGCUUCCUGACAGUGUGAAUUUCAUUCUAGACACUUUUUUAUCUCACCCAGUAGUUAACUGCCUUGCUGAGUAAAUAUAUUCAAUUGAUGUAAAAAAUGCAACAUAGGGAAAGAUUCCAAAUGUUAUACUCUCUUGAGUUUUCUUUACACAAAGUUCACACUUGAUGGUCCUGCCAUAAUGCAUUAUAUGCCUUCCCAGCUGGCAUUCCACUGGUUCUUUAAAAAAAGACGAAAAGAAGAAGGAAAGAUUCUGAGGUCAAAUGUAUUUGGGAAACUUGUCUACCACACCCGUCCUUGGAGACCCACAAUCUGUAGAACCAUGACCAGCAGAGGAGCCUGUUUUAACUUCAUUAAAUGCAUGUCUACUCAUUUGUCUGGCCUCAGGACCACAUUCCCCAUCUGCAUAUGCACUUUCAUCCGACGCUAUACUUCAGUGGGAAGUUCUUGGUAGCAUAGACUGUGCUGUGCCCUGGACGAGGGCUUGAGACUUCCCAGCACAAGAAUCAGGUAUUGAACCUUAGCAAGACGACACACUGGUUUUGAACAGGGACCACGGAGCUCAUCCAAAACACCCUCUUGUACCUGGUGGCGUGAGGGUGUCUCUUCUGCCAGAUGCCCAAUGGCUUGUAGAAGGAGGUCAGUUCCUCAUGAGAACACGAUCAGAACGAAUUUGAGAUUCUGUUGAGUGAGCCUCAUGUGACGUACCUGGCUUUCUUAAAAGGCACAGUUCAUUAGCACUAUUGCUUCCAUGAAAAGCAGAAAGGAGUUUAGUAACCAAAUACAAGAGAUCCCGAAGUUCUCCUCUGAGCAGCACCUCUUUCACAAGGACGAGUCAUCCAUGGACUGGCCAGCUUGCUGCCCUCCCCCAGCCUCCCCUGAUGCUCACGGCUAAGCGGGUAGUUGGGAAAGGAGCCUGGGCCACACAGGUGUUUGGGAGACAAUGGGAUCCCAAAGCAAUUCAUGGCCUAUUACAACAAACUUGAGUUUUUUUACUGUUGCCUUUUCCACUUCUGUACCUAACCAGGCAAGCAGGUGAAAAAGUUGCCACCCUUUUCUAACUCUUCUGCUCACUUGCCACGCCACCCAUCCGUCAGUUCCUGUGGAUGGCACUGGUCAUCUUCAUGGGCAGCUCUCAGAUCCUGAAGACGAGUUGGGAGGCCUCAGAACUGUGGGCAGCUGUCAGAGGAGAGUCAGCAAUACUUCUCCCCUCUUUUCCAGCAGAGCUGGGGGGCAGGAGCUGGAAUGUAGGUUUGUUCAUCAGCUGAUGUUUCCUAUAAACACCAAUAUGAAAUCGUGGCCUGUGGAGACUUUUGGUCAUGCAGAGACGGACGAGGCAGCAUGGGUUGGAGAGGUCCGUUUUAGAGUCUCGAGCAAGAUCUCUCCUGACUUCUGUGCUUUUCUGGUUUGU